GGAACGAUCCUCGGGUUUAAAGAGUUGCAGAGUCGUAGGCUGUUGGACGGAACUCGCCGGAAGCCAGCAGGCGAAUCUUCGAAUCUUCGAAAGAGUUCUCGUUCUUCUCUCCCUUCCUCCCGCCUCUUCGAAGUUUCCUCCCAAAUCUUAAGGGCUUUGGAGUGGAUUAAAUAUUCGAGCAUUCUUUAAAUCUUGGACUUGGAAGAGGAUUUUUGUGCUCUGGUUUGAAUUCUUGUUUGGAAGAAUCCAGGAAUAAGCAUUACAAUAGGUUCUAUUAAAGCUACGGGUUUGGAGGAGUUUUUUUCGUGGAAUGCUGAAUUCCACAACUUUUCACGAUUCUGUUGGUGAUUUGGGAGCUGCUGCGGUGUAUGAGUAAGGAUUUGUGCCUCUGGGUUGAGAGAUUCAUUACGGAGGUAAAAUGGAGAAGUCUUUGUUGUCCAUCCUGGUGGACACUCAGAGGGGUGGAGGGCAAUCCAUCCUUGCCACGAUGAAGUUUGCUAUUCUGCCAAUUGCAAAAGUCUUCACUAUCUGCUUUAUGGGGUGUCUCAUGGCCUCCAAGUAUGUGAAUAUCCUUCCUGCCAAUGGCCGUAGGCUUCUUAAUGGGCUAGUCUUCUCUCUCCUCCUUCCUUGUCUAAUAUUUUCUCAACUUGGAAGAGCAAUUACUCUAGAAAAUUUGUUGGAGUGGUGGUAUAUUCCUGUCAAUGUCAUUAUGGCUACAAUAUCAGGAUCCUUAAUUGGUUUUAUUGUCGCAUGUAUUGUUCGACCCCCAUAUCCAUAUUUCAAGUUCACUAUCAUACAUAUUGGAAUUGGGAACAUCGGGAAUAUACCUCUUGUGCUUAUUGCAGCUUUAUGUCGAGAUGAAUCCAAUCCAUUUGGUGACUCUAACAAAUGUAGCCAAGAUGGAAACGCGUAUAUAUCAUUUGGUCAGUGGGUUGGCGCAGUUGUUCUGUACACUUACGUGUUUCAGAUGCUUGCUCCACCCCCUGGAGAAACCUUUGAUAGCCUUGAGGAGGAGAAGCUCCCAAUUGCGGCUCCUGUUAUUGCUAUUAAUAAUGCUAUACCUGAGCAAGUGCCGUUGCUAACUCAACAAAAGCCUGAGGCAAUAAUCUUAGAAUCUUCAAAAAGAGGAAAAAUAAUCAGCCGGCUGCACUAUCUUGUUGAAAAAUUGAAGCUAAAACAGAUUUUUCAGCCUCCUAUAACUGCUUCUAUCCUGGCAAUUGUUAUUGGAACUGUACCUUUCCUAAAGAAAUUGAUCCUUACAGACGAUGCUCCAUUUUUCUUUUUCACUGACAGCUGUCUCAUUCUCGGGGAAGCCAUGAUCCCAUGUAUUUUGCUUGCUCUGGGUGGCAACCUUGUUGAUGGUCCAGGUGCAGGAACUGCAAAGCUUGGAUUCCGUACAACUGCUGCUAUUGUAUUUGGGCGGUUGAUCUUGGUUCCUCCAGCAGGGCUUGGCAUUGUCACUUUAGCUGAUAAACUAGGAUUCCUCCCAAAGGGUGACAAAAUGUUCAAAUUUGUCCUACUACUCCAGCAUAGCAUGCCAACUUCUGUGCUGUCUGGCGCAGUUGCCAAUUUAAGAGGCUGUGGAAAGGAAGCUGCUGCUGUCUUGUUCUGGGUUCACAUUUUUGCAGUAUUUUCCAUAUCUGGAUGGAUUUUGUUGUAUUUGGGCUUACUCUUCUAAAGACCACACUCAUCAUUAUGUUGGUAUCAUAUGGAAGCACAAAUAGAUUCAUGCACCUGGAGUUAAGAUUGUACAGAUCAGAUCUGAAGAACUCAAAAUAUGUGGAGGUCUGGCUUGAUAGUAGAGACAUCAUCUAGAGUAUGAGAUUUAUGGCCAUGCAGCUAGCUUCAGGGACAGUGGCCGCUAAUAGUUACAACACACAGGCCGCACAGCCACUAGCUUCAGGGACAGUGUCCAAUGUCUCAGCAUCUGUGGGGGUGCAAAAUUGUUUAUUUGAACAGAGUUGAAAUCCAUAAUUGAUUUUCUGAAACGACAUUCUUCUUAUCACAUGCUCAACUAUAAGGUUUCAA